CCCAGAAGCCAUUACAGAGCAGGUUCUCUGGACUGUGCCAGGCCUCUGCAGCCUCCACGCCCUCGGCUAGCAAGCCCGUCUGCCUUCAGCACCAUCACCCCCACACCGCCCAGCCAUGUCAUCCUACAGCCGAGUGGCGCUGGUCACUGGGGCCAACAGGGGCAUUGGCUUGGCCAUCGUGCGCAGCCUGUGCCAGCAGUUCUCGGGGGACGUGGUGCUCACGGCGCUGGACGCAGCACAGGGUCAUGCGGCUGUGCAGCAGCUGCAGGCGGAGGGCCUGAGCCCGCGCUUCCACCUGCUGGACAUCUGCAACCGGCAGAGCAUCCGGGCCCUGCGGGACUUCCUGCUCAAGGAGUACGGGGGCCUCGACGUGCUGGUCAACAAUGCGGGGAUCUGCUUCAAUGAUGAUCCCACAAGAUUGCAUUUUCAAGCACAAAUGGCAAUGAAAACCAACUUUUUUGGUACCCGAGAUGUCUGCACGGAGCUGCUGCCUCUAGUGAGACCCCAAGGCAGAGUGGUGACUCUCUCUAGCACACUGAGCUUGGUAGCUCUUAAACGCUGCAGCCCGGAACUGCAGCAGAAGUUUACAAGUGAGACCAUCACAGAGGAGGAGCUGGUGGGGCUCAUGAACAAGUUCGUGGAAGAUACAAAGAAUGGAGUGCACUUGAAGGAGGGCUGGCCUUCUAUGAAAUUGGUUCCCUAUGCAGUGUCAAAGGUCGGCCUCACAGUCCUGUCCAGAAUCCAGGCCCGGAAACUGAGUGAGCAGAGCAAAGGGGACAAGAUACUCCUGAAUUCCUGCUGUCCCGGAUGGGUCAGAACCGACAUGGGGGGACCAGAGGCCUUGAAAAGCCCAGAGGAAGGAGCAGAGACCCCCGUGUACUUGGCCCUUUUGCCAUCAAAAGCUGAAGGCCCUCAUGGAGAGUUUGUUUUGGAGAAGAAGGUUGUACAAUGGGAACCUGGUGUAGAGCUGCCUACAUGGCUGCAAUUAUAUGGAGAGCUGUGAUUGACCAAAAGGACCUGAAUGCUGUCAAAAGUGUCCCAGUGCAAACAAACAAUAAGAAUGAUGAAGUACUCACUCUGAGUGGGAUACCAAUUCUGUGAAGUCUUUAGUAAUUUCCUCUGUGAUAAAAGGGGUCAAAAAGUGGGAAGAUGAUAAUAAUGAAUGAACAUCUUACAUGAAUAAAUGGUUCUUUACAAAU